AUGCGGCGAAUAGGUUUCGUGGCUGCGGCAAGCUUCUACCACUCCACAUUCCUCCCGUAUUCUCGCCCUUUCUUCGCGAAUUACCCGAACGAUACAAUCACUAGCUAUCGAUCCGAAUAUCAGGAAGGAAUUCUAGACCCGAAGAGAGUCGUCCUGGUAGCUCUCGACGACCCCAAAGACAAUAAACCCGAUUCCGUGUAUGAUGCGCUCAAAAAGAUAUACCCUCAGAAGCCAACGGGUACUGAUGAUGACGACGGCAAGGUCAUUGUUGGAAUCGUGAGCAUGUCCUUGGAAUUCGACCCCAAGCCUCAUGGGCAAUUCCAGCCUGAAGGUGAAGAUCCACCGGAACCACAUGCUGACCCUGAAGGCCGCAAAAGAGAUGCAUUUCCCGAUGCUCUGAAGCUCGUUGACAAGGCUUUGAAAGAUCCCGAGGAGAAGCACGUUCUCCAUUCUUUGGAGUGUUAG